AUGGCCGCGUCCACCAUGUCCGUCUGCUCCAGCAACAUGAGCUACGGCAGCCGCGUCUGCCUUCCUGGUCCCUGUGACUCUUGCUCCAACUCCUGGCAGGUGGAUGACUGCCCAGAGAGCUGCUGCGAGCCCCCCUGCUGCGCCCCCAGCUGCUGCACCCUGGCCCCCUGCCUGACCCUGGUCUGCACCCCAGUGAGCUGUGUGUCCAGCCCCUGCUGCCAGGCGAUCUGUGAGUCCAGCCCCUGCCAAUCAGGCUGCACCAGCUCCUGCACACCCUCGUGCUGCCAGCAGUCUAGCUGCCAGCCAGCCUGCUGCACCUCCUCCCCCUGCCAGCAGGCCUGCUGUGUGCCCGCCUGCUGUGUGCCUGUCUGCUGCAAGACCGUAUGCUGUGUGCCCACCUGUUCUGGGGAUUCCUCUUCAUGCUGCCAGCAAUCUAGCUGCCAGCUGGCUUGCUGCACCUCCUCCCCCUGCCAGCAGGCCUGCUGUGUGCCCGUCUGCUGCAAGUCUGUCUGCUGCAAGCCCGUCUGCUCUGGGGCUUCCACAUCAUGCUGCCAGCAGUCUAGCUGCCAGCCAGCUUGCUGCACCACCUCCUGCUGCAGACCCUCCUCCUCUGUGUCCCUCCUCUGCCGCCCCGUGUGCAGGUCCACCUGCUGCGUGCCCGUCUCCUCCUGCCAGACCAGCUGCUGCUACCCGGCCUCCUGCGUGUCCCUCCUCUGCCGCCCCACGUGCUCCCGCCCAGCCUGCUACAGCCUCUGCUCUGGCCAGAAGUCCAGCUGCUGA